UAUCAACUUAAAGAAACAACGAGUUCUUACCGGCGAUUACACUCUCAUAAAUCCUAACAUAAAUCCUAAGAAAACAGCAACAUCAAAAAAAAUAUGAUGAUUUCACUACCCUUGCCUAGAUACUCCCGCAAAGAAAACCCGGAAUAUUGGCUAAAGAUGUUCCAAGCGACAGCCAAAGUUCAGGUGUGGACUACCGAUGAGGACAAGCUCAUGUUCAUCCCGAUGUUCUUUAAAUCAGAAAUGCGAGUCUGGUUCUACGACGGCAAGUAUACUGACUUCCAGGAGUUCGCCGCCGUAUUCGUGGAGCGAUUUGGGCUAAAGAUAAAGAAAUACCGCCCACUGAAGAAAACCCCGACCAUCCGAAAGAAGAACAAGGAAUCGGCGCAGGCGUAUGGUUACCGUUUACGACAAUGGAAAGUCAGGCAUGGAGCAUCCUUGUCCGAAAGUGAUAUGUUGCACCAGUUUGUCAACGGAUUGAAUCCGAAGUCACUCCGUCAGGCGGUACGUGCAGAAUACCCAAAGGAUCUUGAUACAGCCAUUCGUAAGGCAAUAGAGUUGGAAGAGGAUGAGCACAACCCUUUCAGUGACUCGGACGAGGGUCCCGCAUAUCGAGAUCAAGAAAGUGAUGAUUCUAGCAGUGAUAUCGAUGAACAAGCUACCAAAAAUCGCAAAAACAAAAUAAAGACACCCAACCCAUGGACAAAGCGAUUGAGUCCAUCACGAAGCAAGUCGAAGAGAUGUGGAUUUUCAUGAUGAACCAGGUCCCUACCAACAGGAGAUGUUUCAACUGCCAAGACUGUGGCCAUGAAGCACCUCAAUGCCCGAAGCCUUGCAAGCUGUGCAAAGGGCAAGAGGGCGUCAAGGGCCAUCCGUACUUCAACUGCCCUAAGUACACCCCAAGGAAAGAGAGGUCACGAAACUACAACGUCUGAUCCUGGCAAGCGGUGGAAGAAGAGGAGGAAGUGGUGUUGUGAGAGAAACGAUGACGGCAACA